CCUGUCCUUCGCAGAGCGGUGCCUGCCGCUUCGCGAAGAACGGUCUCGAAGGCGCCGUACACCAGCCAAUCAUAUGCUGAAUCUCUGGUUGCGAGCUUGCAAAACCCUACUCUCACCAAAGACCUGAAACGGAAGACGCUGCUGGUACUUCUGCGAAACCUCAGGAACGGCCAGUCUGUGCUGUCUCAGCCGCUAAUCAACUCGCUUUUUGGCCUAUGGCUGCCUUUUUUCCGCGAUAAGGAAGUACAGAGCUGCUUGCUGGACGGAGGUCAGUCGAAGGAGCUCACAAGCAUGCUCGUUCAGUCGUAUACACUGAAAGGAGAAUACGAGCUUGCUCUGGAUGCCAUUCAAAAAAGCCCGCUUGUGGUCGACAGGUUCCCGUGCGAGCUGCUUGCGUACCAUCUAAUAGUCAACAAACAAUUCGACAAAGCUUUUCAACUGGUAGACCUGCUUUACACCAAACGGUAUCCGCAAAUACUCAACCAGCAGAUUUUAGAGUUGCUGGUAAAAAGCUCACUGGACGACGGGCGGAUCGAGCUGGUGUCGAAAUUCGUAGUUGGCUUUGUUUUCCUGUUUGACCGUCCGCUGAUGAACCUUUCUGAUGAGCUUGCAGGACGUCUUGCACGGCUGAGCAUCGAGAGACUCGAUUUUGCUACGUUUGCGAAAACCGUCGACUACCAAACCAAAAGACUCAUGCUGACCGACAAAACCGGCGCAACGCAGUUAAGACACCAGAUGGAGCUGCUGAGAUUUAAAGGAUACGUUGCGAAACUCGGCGCAGAGCGUGUCAUCGAGAGCGGUAUUUUUUUCAACCUGCGAUUUCUGGAAAGCGAGUGUCAGGUUACAGACUUCCCAACGCUGACACACGAUUUGGCCCAGACCAUCGGCAGCCACCUGAAUCUUCAUCAGGCAAUUAUUCUCAUCGAGCAAAUGAACGGAUACCAUCUCAAAGAGCACCAUGAACGGUACUCGCCAGCACUGCACCCCGAUCACCAACUGUACCGCAUGAUGAAGCACAAGAGUGAUCCCGAAAUCAAGUUUGAAGACUUAAAGGGCGACUAUUCUCAACACAUGUCUAGUGUGGGGAAACCAAACCGCAAAUCGCACAAAUACAGAAUGCGCAAGGCAAUAUCGUCCAAGCCGUUCAGCGUGCUACCCUUGAAUAUCAUGCUCAAGACUAUCAGCGAGUCGAGCAACAACUUCCGGCUUGCGAUGGAGCUGGUGAACUCCAUGAUUCGCAAAAGACGAUGCGAGCUCAACGAAGAGUCUCUCUACUACAUGUUGAAGAUUUCCACCGCUAGUGAGACGAUCAACGUGGACCUUUUCACGUCGCUCCUCGACAGCUUCGACAUACGGCCCACUGCCAAGUCGUACCAUCUGAUGUUUGACAUGCUUAUAAAGACAGGACGUGUGGAGCUGCUCCGACGCUACUACGACGAAUACAAAACACACAACCACUACGUCUCCCGCGAGAUGCACCGCAAAAUAUCGGCACUGAUAAAUAUAUAGA